CAGCAUGAGAGAAGCUUCAUUCAACCAUUUGACCUGCAGCACCAGCCGCGAGACCCUCCACCAUCGUCUGAAAUAGGAGCCGGUUGCUGCGGGCAUGCAGUUGUCAUGUGUUCUCUCCACAAACAGGAGCCUCUGGAACUCCUGUGUGAAACGUGCGACCUCAUGGCCUGUAGCAUCUGUCACCUGUCCGCCCACAAAGACCAUCGACUGGUGCAUGUUGGGAAAGCUCUGCAAGACCAGCGCUGGCUCCUGCAGAACCUCAUGGCCCGAGUGGAGGAGAAGAGAUCUGCUGUGGAGAGCACCGCUAAACAGAUCCAGGGCAGGCUCCAUGGUAUAAAGAUCACGCAGAGGAAGGCAGAGAACCAGAUAAAAAUGGCUAAGAUGAUUAUGAUGAACGAGCUUAACAAACGGGCCAACCUAUUAAUAGAACAACUGGAGAGUAUCUCCAGUGAUUUCAAGCAACGUCUGGAGGACCAGCUGCAGGGGGCCAUAGAGCUGUGCAGCCAGCUGGAGCGUGUGCAGAACUUCAUUACCUGGGCUACAGCCCACCACAGAUGCAAUCCACUGCUAUUCAGCAAAGAGCUGAUUGCUCUUCAGAUGCAGCAAUUACUGGAGCCACUGAUGCUCUCAGAGGCUUGGACCUCGUUGAAAAUCAAGUUUAACUGGGAUGCCAGCUUCUGGACCAAGCAGAUGUCCACUUUAGGUCAGCUGGUUGUUGAAGGUGGAAGUCGUUCAUACUCAGAGGUUGUGGGUCAUCCCAGUAUCCUGCGACCCCAGCCUGUCCCAUGCAUAGCAUUACCUCCUCUGUGCCAUGCGGUGCGUGAACCUGGCUGCGCCUGCCAGACCUUCUGCCAGCCCCAGCUCUGCUGUCUUCACUGCAGACCUACUCAAUCCGUCCCUUUGGAUAAAUUCCCUGCUCAAUGUCUUCAGGCCACCAGGCGGAGCUCCCCGCCGUCUCUUCACAGCUGCUGGGAGGCUGAUGCAUCUGUCCCGGUGCAUCCACCAGGAGCUCAGCCUAUACAGCCGUCCACCUCUCACCCUGGAUCUGACCUUGUCCAGCAUGGAGCCAGCUCAGCUUCACCUAGGCAGCCCGUCGGAUCCAACAACCACCUGCUCCCUGCUAAUUCCAACCAGGCUGACAUGGACGGGAGAAAAUCUGCACCAGGCCAGCCUCCUUGUGAAAGAGGGCAAACAUCUGCACCCGAAGCAACCACAGGGCAAGAAGCAUCACCAGACAGUGAGCUGCCGCUGGUCCACAAUCAGGCUCAAGUGCAGACAGCCACAGAAACCAGCAACCAGCCCAUGAUUGAAUUGCAGCCGAUCGUUGCUCGCAUCGAUGAUGACAGGAGAUCCUCAGCGCUAGAGAUGUUCACGCUGGCUCAAGGCCGAGGAGGUGACAGCCAGAGCCGUUCCGGUUCGAAGAGGGCUACCAGGUCUCAGAGCAAUUCAAAAGGACCCAGAGGACCUCGUAAAAGUCUGUGUAAAGCCAGGCCGAACAGGGCUGCUCAUAGCCUGGCAACAGUGGCUGGGGACCAGGGAUGCACAACGCAGCAGGUCUGUGCACGACCCGAUGCUUCUGAGAUGAUGCCAGGACAUAUAAGCAGUCACACUGCAUCCUCUCUGACCACCUACAAGUCUGAACCAGAUAACGUAUAUGCAUAUGCCUAUGAAAACAGAAAACCGAAAACCAGAAAGAAGAACAGAUUGUAUCGAGAGGAUCCAGACACCAGUGACAAAGAAGCCCCUGAUGGUUCGAAGGUUCCAGUUGUGUGUCUUGAGCGACUCAAGAUCCUAGUUUCACGACAUCCACCACAGAACCAUCAGGGCACAGACCUUACUUCUCAAACUGAGCCUGAACUCAAACCUGAAGAAACUGUAUUCAGAGUGCUAGAGAGAAAGGUCACUUCUCAGGGAACUUUGGAUAAGGAGUCGGUUCAGACAGAGGACAGCGUGUCGGCCACAGAGCAGCUAUCACCAGAACAUCUGCAUUGCAGUGAGCCAUCUGGCUCCCUUGAGGUUUCUCAGCCUCCUGUGCAAGAAUUUUGCAACAUAAACCAAGAGUCCAGGGUACUAGCCAUCUCCAAUGAUUCAGAUCCCAUCUUACAACCUGACACUGAAGAAAUACACUCCCCAUCUGAACUCAGAUCAGUGACAGGUUCUGAUUUCCAAACUGAAUCCAUAAGAGAGGCUGAACCGGGCUCGGAUGCAGACGUGGAAUCGGAGCUCCUGCAAGAAUCAGAUCCGAGCUCUCAGUCUGAACUGCAGGUUGAAUUUGAAUCGGAUGUGAUUUCGGAGCAGCCUUCUGAAUCAGUGCUCUCAGCUUCUGAACAAGAAUUUGAAUCAGAUCCAGAUUCCACAGCCGAAGUGACUCUGAAUCUUGAACCGGAGUCUGAAUGGGUUCUUCCACCUGCCGCUGGCUCUGAGACUGUAUCAGAACCUGCAGCUGAACAUCAGCCUGCAGAGGAAAGCCCUGAGAUAGAGAAUGAGGACUUCUGUGCGGUCUGUCUCAUCGGAGGAGACCUUCUCUGCUGUGACCGUUGCCCCAAGGUCUUUCACCUGUCAUGCCAUGUCCCUCCUCUCCAUAGUUUCCCCAUAGGCGACUGGAUUUGCACCCUGUGCAGGGAUGUGGAGCAGCCAGAGGUGGAAUAUGACUGUGAGAAUGACCAGAUUUCCACAGCUUUGCUGGCAUAUGGGCUGUCGGCGUGUGACCAGAGGAAAUGUGAGAAGCUGACGCUGCUGAUCCUCAGCAACAUUCUCAGUGCUCCGUUCCAUGAGCCUGUCAGCCCUCUGGCCCGUCAUUAUUAUCAGAUCAUCAAGAGACCCAUGGAUUUGUCUGUCAUUCGGAACAGGCUCAGCAGAACCAGCAACACACACUAUCGUUCCCCGCAAGAGUUUGUGACUGAUGUCCUGCUCAUGUUCAAAAACUGUGGCAAGUUCAACUACCCGGACUCAGAGGUGGCUCAGGCAGGCCAUAGUCUACAGUCCUUUUUUACAUCCAAACUGAGGGAGGUUUUCCCAGAUCUGACCUGCCCUGUCCAGGAGGAGGAGGAUUCAGAGAAUGAGGAUUAUGAGGAGCUGGAAAGAGCCAUGGUGACUGGAUUUCCCUGGCCUGAGAGAAAAGAGCAGAGCCACAGGAAGAGGAAGAGGAGGCACUCCCUCAACUGGAGGAGAAAUCACUAUUAGCUGUGCCUCUAUAUAUAUAUAUAUGUACAGAGACAUUUGACCCACUUGCUCUGAGUUUUCCAUCCUGGGUGACUUGCUGUUUUUUUUUAUUUAAAGAUUCACGUUGAAAUACAGUAUAUGCUUUUUCUGAGGACUAAUCUCACACAUUAUAUCCUGUUAAUGUGUCAUGCUGUUAUCUGUAGCUGUAGGUAGGUGUUGAUAUAAGCCUAUAUCUCCAGACUCGCCUAAGGUCUUGCACUAGUAUUUAUUUCAAUGCUUAUACUUUCAUGAAAUUGUACAAUCAAUUUGAUAGCUGACUGGUUGCUGGCAACUGCUAUUUAGUAAAUAUAGAUAAGCAACAUUCAUUGGUAAUAUUAUAUAAUAUAAUUGCUCUAAAUUUCAUUCCUCUUUUAUCCAAAUAUCCCUUGUAAUGAGGUACUUUUUCCAGCUGUUUUACUGUGAUGAUUUUAUUGACCUGUAGAGGGAGCACUUCAUAUAGCCUGUGGCAACACAUUAGUUCAUAUUGGACUUUUUCAGUGGCAGGAGGAUGUGCGUAAUGUGACUGAAACCCACGAACCCUUUUUAGAAUUAAAGGGGGAUAAUAUUAGGCUGUUGCUGUGAUGUUUAAAAUUAAUCUUUUAAAUGCUCAUUGACUAAUGAGACAAAAAAGUCUUUUCACAGACGGAUGGAAGACUUUUUAGUCCGGCAUGUUCCUCCAUGUGGUUCACGAACAGGUUUGAUAUUCGUAUGUCUUCUGAAUUUUGUAAUACUGGUCUUAAUUGCUGAAAUUGCUGUGCAGAUCAUGUUCAA